CCCCACAGAUAGGAUGGAUGUCGGGCAGUUUGUUUGUAUCAAGCCCAACAAAUCAAGAUCUGAUUCCAAUGCUGAGCCUUUUGCCAGGAGUGGUCAUUGUUGUGCAACAGAUCGAAUCAACAUGUUUGUUUUCGGUGGCUACCAUCCGGAGUUUGUAACUACUCUAACUCAACCAGUCUACAAGGAAAUUACUCUUUGUAAUGAAGUAUUCAGGGAGAUGUUGUGUUUUAAUCUUUACACGGAAACGUGGCAUGAAGUGAGGACAUUUGGAGAAGCACCCUGGGAAGCAGCUUCCAUGUCAAUGCUACUGCAUGGCCAAACGCUUUUUAUGUUCGGUGGAACCAGCUACCCGUGGGGUGAGACGAGUAACUCCGAUGUUAUAGCCUUCAAGUUGAAAGACAAAACAUGGUCCACCUUGGCGUGCAAGGGUCAACGCCCUCCAGGAAAAUAUGGGCAGGCAAUGGUUUUAAGACAUGGUUGUUUGUACCUCUAUGGAGGUUGCCGGCAGAUCUCCAGUGAUGACUACUUGUUUGAUUCUGAUGUUCACUGUCUGGAUGCCAGGAGCCAGACUUGGUCUCUCCUAUCGGACCAGACCACACAGGAUGACCCUGAAGCGCCCUCUAGGGGCAUGUAUAGACAUGGCUUGGCAUGGCACAACAACAAAUUAUACGUUAUUGGAAGCAGCUGGACGGAAUUGCAUUCAUUAAAAUAUCAAGACAAGAUUCAUGUUUACAGUUUGGAGACCAAUUUGUGGAGUACAGAGAUGACAAAACCGUGCUUGGUUGAUCGCUUUCCACUGAGGAGAAAGUACCACAGUUGUGUACAGUGGAAGAACGAGGUUUACAUUUGUGGAGGUCACAACCACAGAAAGGUGUUUGGAGAUGUUUGGAAGUUAGAACUACCCUCUUUGCAAUGGAGCAAGAUACCAGCAUUAAUGCCGGUUCCUGCUUACUUUCAUACAGCCGCAAUAACCCCAUCGAAGUGCAUGUACAUCUUCGGUGGUGUAACCUGUUUGGAGGAUAGAAACAGAACUAAUGGACUCUACAGAAUCUGGUUGACUAUCCCGCCACUCCUCGACAUGGCACUAAGGAAAGUCGUGUCAUUGUUACCCAAUCUGAACUCUGAGAAUAUCGCCAAAUUGCAAGAUCUUGGGAUACCUCGGAGCGUCUUGGACAGAUUGAAGCACAUUGAGUGAUGGAAUCGAAUGUGACUAUCUUUAGCGGAGUGUUGUUGUUGUUGGUGUCCUGAGUCUAGGGUUCAAAUGUUGUCAUUAAACUAAAGAGGUGCCAGACUAUUUACCCUUUUAGCCGCAGUGUGGUUCCACUCAAUUCAUCUGGAGAAAGAUAGGAUGGGCGCCCAGUGAUAUCUAAGCCAUGGGUAAGAUGAUGCAUUAUCGUAAAAGAAAUCAAGUGAAGCAACAGCUUUGCACCCCCCCCCCCCCAAUCACACAAA